UUACACCUGCUGCUGCCCCGUUAGUUCAGAGGAGAGGGCAGCUUGUGGCUGAAGACUCGGCACAGGGAGAAGGAACAGGCAGAGAUGGCUGCUACCACAGCUCAGCCCAUGGGGAGCCUGCCCAGCGGACUGGGCAUCUGCACCACCGCCCCUGAUAUAUUCUACCUGCCUGAGCUGGUGUUUGGUGGUUUGGUUUGGAUCCUUGUGGCCUCGACCCACGUAGACCCACCAAACCCUCUGGGCUGGGUGAUGUUUGUCUCUGUCUACUGCUUCGUCAUGACCUUCCUCUGGAUGAUCAUCUUUGUUGCUGGAUGUCAUAAGAACAGCUCUGGCUGGGCUGCUGCUGACUUUGCGUACCAUGGCCUGGCAGCGAUGUUCUACCUCAGUGCAGGCGUGGCUUUGGCUAACAUCACCUUCCAGAAGAAAACAGAAGGCGACGCAAGAAUCUAUAAGAUCGACAUCGCUGCUGUGGUGUUUGCCUACGUGGCCUUUUUCCUCUACUUCGUCCACUCAAUCCUCUCCUCCAUUAGAUGGAAAAACUUCUGAAGCUCCACCCUCACUCACAGAUGUCUUCAGCCAAACCGUUUAUCCUGUGUGCCCUGGACGGUCAUUGUGAUGGUGUACGUGUAAGUGUGUGCGUGUUUGUGAGAGGUGGAAUAAGUAAAGGUAGUGUGGUCAGAUUCAUUUCAAGAUUGAAAAUAGGUGAUAAACCAGUAAACCACGUGAACAUGUGAGUUAUGAAAACAAAAAACUGUUGUAACCUGCAAAUUUCAUAAGCUAAAAAUAAAAUCAUAUACAAUCAUAAAUAAAAAGAGUAGUGCAGGAGCUCAGUUUAAUAAAUGGAUUUCUCUUCUUCUUUUGUCCUUUACAAUUGGCUGUGUAUCAUGUUUAGAAACUGUCAAGCAUAAGAGAUAUAUUUUUUUCAAUUUAACAUUUUACUUUGAAAACUAAGAGUGUGCCUGACCUCUUAAUAUUGGAGAGACAAGAAACGAGUCUGGAGAUAGAGUGAGUAAACAGAAUAGAGGAGUUGAUCUCUAAGGUGAUGAAGCUUAAUAAGUGCAAGUCAAGCUUGUUUGUGUAACAUAUAGACAAAAUAUAAGGCAUUCUGGAGUUCUCACCUGAUAUAAGCUGGUAAUCUUAACAGAUUAAACAAACAAGCUUAUGAAAAGUUACAUCACAAGCUUUACAGGGUAUAGCAUCCUUCAAAGGGCUCAGCCUCUGUAGUCUGCAUAAACCAGUCAGGUCUAACUAAUGAGUUAGCUUAUAGGAGGCUCUCUGUCAUUCACUUUUCCUGACCAUGCCCUCUAGCUCCUAAGUGUCACCGCUGACACUUAGCCACCUCAACAGCUGCCCUAGAACUUGCUCAGAACUUUACAUAACUUAAUUUGUUUCUUUAAAGAUAAUUUGAUGUUUAAGGGCCCUUCUCAUGUUUUUCAGUGAGUAUUGGAAGGUUCGAUGGUGUUAAAACUUACAACUUUACAAAAAUUAAAAUGCUUGGCUGCUAAAGACUAGGUCAGCUUAUUUAAAAUGGUACACAAUAAAUCUUGGGCUUUGUUGGAGCAUGAAGGAUAGACCAGGUGUGUCUUUCUUUGUUCAGAGAAAGAGACAGGUAUUUGACAAUCACAUUUGAAGGAAGCUACAGCUUUAGAGGUUGCUUUGAUGCAUAUGUACCAUUUUUUGCUUCCACAAAUUUUAUUUCUUAUCCUCCAUGCUUUUAUUCAAGGCACAAGGCCCCCAAGUCUUUAUGCAUUGUCAUUAUAUAAAUGGUAUCUGGAGCAUUCUGAGUAAUCCAAACAACAAGUUACCCUUAUAUGCAGAUAAUUUCUUUAACUGCCAACUGAGCUACCGUUCCCUUUGUGAUGUGGGAUCAGACAAAGAUGUGUUUUCACAGACUAUGAACUAAAGUUGUAAAAUAUUUCUCACUGAUUCUGAGAUUUUUUGUCUUCAUACGGCUACUUUCUAUGUAUUUUUCUUGAUCAAAUGAAGUUAAUGAUAAAAAAAAAAAAUCAUCAGAACUUUAAGGAUGUGAACUAUGUUUUUUAGAUGUAAGAACUCUGAUAUUUGUAUAGCGGUUUUCCUUUUUUAUUCUCAAAAUUAAAAUGAGAGGAAAUUUAA